AGCCAUUACACACUCAGGAUUGAGUGUGCACCCUAGAUUCUGCUAUAUACACAUUCUCAAAAGCUUUUUAAUUCUUAGUGCCCCAACACUGACUUAGAGGAAGGAGUCUGGAUGGAACAGAGGGGAGUGUGGUGACAAAGCUGUAUAAAACUGGAUGUUUCAACUCAAACUCCCAGGCAGUAGAGAGGAGCUGUGGUGUCAGCCAAGGGAUUUUGCUGAGCUUGCUCUUUUUCUCUCUGUAGGUGUUCAUCUCGGUGGGGCCACACUGACCAUGCUCAGGAACUUCUGUCUCCAGCUCAUGUCCUUGAUUUGGAUCCUCUUGGCCCAUCACCAGCUUGUGCAAGGGGAUGACUGCAGUGAGCGCUGCAAUCUCUCCCAUGGCUGCUGUGACCAGGAUGGGAAGUGCAGGUGUGAUCCAGGCUGGGAGGGGGAGUACUGUGAGGAGUGCGUGCGCAUGCCAGGCUGUCUUCAUGGGACAUGCCACCAGCCUUGGCAGUGCAUCUGUCACACUGGCUGGGCUGGCAAGUUCUGUGACAAAGACAUACACAUCUGUCAACACCAGUCCCCCUGCCAGAACGGGGCACAGUGCAUCUACGAUCGAGAUGGGGAUUACUCCUGCCUGUGUCCAGAAGGUUUCCAUGGGAAGGACUGUGAGAUGAAGACAGGGCCAUGUGAGAAGGCAGGGUCUCCGUGCAAGAAUGGUGGGCAAUGUCAAGAUGAAAAUGGCUUUGCCAGUAGUUUCACCUGCCGGUGUCUCGCUGGCUUUGUGGGGGCUCUCUGUGAGCAUGAUGUGGAUGACUGCCUGAUGCGCCCCUGUGCUAAUGGGGCCACCUGCCACGAUGGUGUCAACCGCUUCUCCUGCCAGUGCCAGGUGGGCUUUGAAGGGCGUUUCUGCACCAUCAACAUCAACGACUGCGCCAGCCAGCCGUGCAAAAAUGGAGCAAAGUGCUAUGACCGCAUCAAUGACUAUGACUGCUUGUGUCCUGACCGUUUCACUGGCAAAACCUGUGAGAUCUCUAUCCCUGAGCCCACCUGGUCUCCUCCCUACCACCCUGCAAACCAUGAGAAUGUUGGAGGUUUGAAAAGCACUAGUGAGACACCAGGGGUGACACAGCCAGAGCCAAUCAGGACUGUGGUCACAGGGCGGCGUGUGGCCAACCACAGUGAGAAAGAGCCAGGGGGAGGGUUGUUGAAAAUCUCUGUGAAGGAGGUGGUGACCCAAAGGGACUCAGGGCUGAGUGAAGCCCAGCUGGUGACAGUGCUGGUGUUUGGGGUGCUGACAGCAGUGCUGGUCCUCAUCACUGUCCUGCUAAUGCUGAGGAACUGGCAGAGAGGCCGUCAAAGGUCGAACUGGUGCCAAAGCCCUUCUCAGGCUGCAAGAAAGCUCCAAGACCAGGAGUGUCAGGUGGGCAUGCUCAACACCAUCUUGAUUGAGCCAAGGAAGACCACAGAGCUGUGAGGACUCUGAACCAGGCCCUGGCAGGUCAUCAUGCUGGCAAACCCCUUGAACUGCACCCUGCAGAGCCACACCGGCACCAACUGGGCAGCGGGGAAGGGCUCCCAGGGCAGCAAACGCAUCAACAAAACCCUGGGUGUUGAGCAUUGGUGUGAUGGCCCUGCCUGGGUCUGAGCUGUCUCCUGGCUGGCUGGCUCAGCUGGCACCCACGGGCAUUUGAAGGCAGGGCUGUGUUGGGCCGGCCCUGCAGGGAAGUUGUGGUGUGCUGCCUGCAGCAGCCCGUGCCAUGCAGGCACCACUGUCAUCUGACUCCAGCACUCAGAAACAGGACACAUGGUGCUGAGGAGGGCACAGCCCUCUUGCAAGCCCAAAUACUGCCAGACCCUUUGUAACUCCUCUCUGCGACUACAGGAAGGGGCUUUAUCCUCAUUUCUGCUGGUGUUGGGAUGCUUCUUCUGGGGCCUUUGGGACAGUUAUAGCUGCAUGGGUCUCCCUGCCACAGUACUGUAUGGGGUAGUUCCUGGCUGUUUCUGGAGGCUGUCAUUUCAGACGCCAUGUCCCUAGGGAGUGAGCAAACACCCUUGCUCCCUAGCCUUGUGGUUCUGUAAAAAGAGACUUCAAAAAUCAUUGCAGGUCUCAUGCCCUUCUUCUGCCCUGGCUGAUGCACCCUCCUAUUCCUGUCAGACUUGGGGGUUACAAACAUGUUCCGUACUUUCCUCCUGAUAA